AAAAGUUUGUAAAUGGCGUGUUGCACGCCAUAACGCGUCCUGAAACAAAAUCAAAGCGACAUCGUGACUGAAUCUUGCACAUAAUUUACGUUUCUAUCGCGAUCUUUCGAUUUUCAAAGUUGUUUAAAAAAAUAACAGCAUUCAACGAUCGAUCGUUAGAUCUGAUAGGUUCGUAAUCUUGUGACGAUUUGUGUAUUUCUGAUCGAGAGUUACGUGAAUCAAGAUGAGUACUGAGGAGCCAAAUUUCGCGAACACCAGGACCCUGCAUUUCCAGAAUCUCGACUUGGGCGACAACGUCAAAGUGGAAACUCCUCGAUCGGAACGAGUCAACAUUUUCGACAACGUUUACAAAACGACAACCACUGAAAGAAAUCCAACAUGGUGGAAGAGGCGGUCGGCGUUGGAACGCGGUUUGACCGUGAUUGCAGUUUCCGGGGUGCUUUUGUGCAUCGCUUUAGCGGUUGCACUCGGUGUUCUGGCUGCAAAUACUGCAACCUGUAGCACGUCAUCAAGGAAUGAACCUGUUAACUCAGAGGGAUUACCGUCCACAGCCGAUGCCCUAAAUGGAUACAGAAGUUCGAAAGACAUUCAAAUAGUGGACAGAGGACCACCCUGCGACGAUAACGUUUGUUUCACACCGGAAUGCAUUCACACCGCAUCUAGGUUACUGAAGAAUAUGGACAAUGAGGUGGAACCUUGCGAUGACUUCUAUGAUUUUGCUUGCGGUGGUUUUCUCAAGUCUACCAACAUUCCGGAUGAUAAAACAAGCGUAAAUACGUUCACAGAGAUCGGUGAUGAAUUGCAAAAUCAAUUAAGGACGAGCAUCGAGGAGAAGAGCUCUCCUGAUGAACCGAAACCGUUCAGGCUCGCGAAGAAUCUGUACAAAGCUUGUAUGAACAAAACGGUGAUCGAACAGCAAGGUUUGGAACCUCUGAUGAAGAUCUUAGAAAAAUUAGGUGGAUGGCCAGUGUUAGAAGGUGAUAACUGGAACGAAAACGAUUUCCACUGGACAGAAUCCGUGUAUAAAUUCCGCAAGAUGGGCUACUCGGUCGACUAUUUCAUCGACUUCAGCAUCGGUGUCGACCUGAAGAACAGCACGAAACGGAUAAUCGAUCUGGAUCAAGCAUCCCUUGGGCUGUCUCGUGAAUAUUUAUCAAAGGGUUUCACUGACAAAAUCGUGCAGGCGUAUUAUAGUUAUAUGGUGGACAUCGCAGUGAUUCUUGGCGCUAAUAAAACUACUGCAAUGGAGGAAUUAAAGGAGUCGUUGGAAUUUGAGAUUAAACUUGCUAAUAUUUCAUUACCGAAUGAGAAGCGUCGCAACGCAACCCUCCUCUAUAACCCCAUGUCAGUUCGAGAAUUAUCGACGACGUAUUCCAGCGUACCAUGGAAGGAAUAUUUCAACACCCUCUUAGCUCCGAGUGUUCAAGUGACCGAAGAGGAAGUCGUGAUCGUCAGCGUUCCUAGUUACAUUGCAAACUUACAAAAGCUUUUAGCCACCACUCCAAAGAGGGUACAAGCAAACUACGUGAUGUGGAGAGCAGCUGCUUCGUCGGUCAGCUAUCUCACCGACGAAAUUCGAAAGAGACAAUUGAAAUACUCGACGGCGUUGAGCGGAAAAACGGAAAGAGAACCCAGAUGGAAAGAGUGUAUCGAUACAGUUUCUGGUAGUUUGGCUAUAAGCGUUGGGGCGAUGUACGUUAGGAAAUAUUUCAAGGAAGAUGCGAAGAAGAACGCAUUGGAAAUGGUGGCUGACAUCAGAGAAGAAUUCACGAAAAUAUUGAAGAAGGUCGAUUGGAUGGACGAAGACACGAGAAAGAGUGCCCUGAAGAAGGCAGCCUCCAUGUCCAGCCACAUCGCGUACCCCGAUGAAUUAUUAGACGACAAGAAACUAGAAGAAUUCUACGAAAAGCUAGAACUAACGACCGACAACUAUCUUGAAGGUAUUUUGAACCUGACUCUCUUCGGGGUCGAGUAUUCCUUCGGUAAAUUGCGGAAACCUGUAAACAAAAGUGACUGGGUGACUCACGGAAGACCAGCGAUCGUUAACGCUUUCUAUUCGUCCAUUGAGAACAGUAUUCAAUUCCCAGCUGGUAUUCUACAAGGUGCUUUCUUCAGCAACGAUCGACCGAGGUACAUGAAUUAUGGCGCCAUUGGAUUCGUGAUUGGUCAUGAAAUAACGCAUGGCUUUGACGACCAGGGUCGACAGUUUGAUAAAGACGGAAAUUUGAUUGAUUGGUGGGCACCACAAACGAAGGAAAAGUACUUAGAAAGAGCGGAGUGUAUCAUUCAUCAAUAUGGAAAUUACACUGUGGAAGAUGUUGGAUUGAACUUAAAUGGUAUAAACACGCAAGGCGAGAACAUUGCCGACAACGGUGGAAUAAAGGAGGCCUACUUGGCCUACAGAGAGUGGGUGAAGCGAAAUCAACCCGAACAAAAAUUGCCGGGACUUUCGUACACACCCGAACAAUUGUUUUGGAUAAGCGCAGCGAACACCUGGUGCAGUAAAUACAGGCCCGAAGCCAUGAAGCUUCGUAUCACGACUGGAUUCCACAGCCCUGGAAAAUUCCGAGUUCUGGGACCUCUUUCGAACAUGGAGGAAUUCUCCAAGGACUUCAACUGUCCCCUCGGCUCCAAGAUGAACCCCGAGAAGAAGUGUGCCGUUUGGUAAAUCGAACCGUGUGGAUGGACGAAGCGUUAGCGGAACAUUCAACAAGAUUCAUUGAGAAAAUGAAACUCGUUCUUGCACGCAAGAACAUACUUGUUACGAAAGAACAUACACGAUGAAAGAUUUCGCAGGAUUCCGUUGAUGAGGUCGAUUAUGUUCAUGAUGAAUAAAAUUUGCCGCGUGUAUUUUUGAUCGAUGCAUCUUGGAAGCCGUUUGGAAGAAUGAGUGAAGGUGUAUGAUCGACAAUGGGACACGCAAAUUGGAUGAAAAGUGCAGGAUCGCGGAAACAGAUCUUGCGGGAUGUCCAAUGGUGGAUCCUCGUUCGUGAAUUGACUUGAUUUACACGUACACACAUACAUAUUAACAUUGUUCGCUAAUAUAAGUCUUUUUUAUAAGAGUGAAUCCUCCAAGAUUUCGCUGAGUAUUGUAAAUAAAAAGCGGCAGAAUAACGGAAGGCGCGUCAUGGCGAUUAUAAAUUUUAUACAAUUGCGUUUAGAGAUCGAGUAGGCGAGCGUGUUUAGGUUGUUGUCGGGCGACGAAAGAGAACAAGUUAAACUGUGAUGAUUAUGUAGGAACUGACAAUAAAUAUUGAAACGGUCAUUCGAUUAAAGUUACACGAUGACGCGCGUAGGAUAUUAAAUUUUUGUUAAUUGUAUUUUCAAAUGACAUUGUUUUAACCGGCACAAUAGUUGACACGCGUUUUUUGCUAUCUGUAUAAUAUACGUUAGGCUCCGUUGAGCAGAAUAAGGUUGUUGAUUAGAGUUACCACCUCGAAGUACUUAGGCAAUGUAGUAUUAAUCAUAAUUUUUAAUAUACAGACAGUGGAAAAGAUAGUCUGUUGUUAAUUUUAUGCAGUUUUAUUUUUUGCAUAUCGUAUAAUAUAUGUAAUAAGCAUUGAUUCGUAACGUUAUCGCCUUUGUUCUCGAUUGCAAUGGCACUUGUAUCGCAGAAGAGUUUAACAUUUAGAAUAACGAUACUCGUAUUUAUUGAAGUACCGUAUUAUUUUAAGUUCGAACAGAUAAAUGUAUUCAGUGUAUUUGUUGAGUAUAAAAUUUUAAUAUAAAAACAUUAAGAAAAGA